AUGGAUCCAAGGCAACAACGACAGGCGCAUCCCCAAAGGCCGGCAUUACAACCUUCAUCGUCUUCGGCUGCAUCAUCAUUCUUCCAAAGCACCAGUUCACUGGCUUCUAUAUCGUCGCUGAGCGCAAAAAACAUGUCGGAACAAUCAGCACCCUUGCCGUCGCCUUCGGUUCAUCAACCAGCAGGCUACUUUGGCUCGUUAGCAGCACCCACGUCGCAUCCGUCACAACAACAGAGAAUACCUCAACAGCAGCAAAUGCUAUCGCCAUACGUUGGACAGAGAAACGGCGGUGGCGCUCCAGAAACGGCGCCUCUUCUCCAAGACUUCAGCCUUAUCGCCGAGGCAGCGAAACGUGCCCAGAUAGCGACACUGUCAAGAGAUCUCGGGGACAUUGGUUUAUGA